AGGAUGAAUUCUAGGACUACAGCAUCUUGUUUCCCUUUUCACAUGUUGACGAUACUUUCACUUCUUUGUUUGGCAAACUCAUCGAGGAAGAUGUGGCGAGAGAAUAGCUGCAACAUGUACCGAGGGAGCUGGGUUCAUGACAUGUCCUAUCCUCUCUACGAUUCAUCUGCCUGCCAUUUUAUUCGAAAAGAAUUUGAUUGUUUAAUGUAUGGUCGCCCUGAUCACCUCUAUCUUCAAUAUAGAUGGCAGCCCAAUGACUGCAACUUGCCAAGGUUUGAUGGUCAAAAUUUCUUGAAGAAGUUAAAGGGGAAGAAGGUUAUGUAUGUAGGGGACUCUCUGAGUCUAAACAAUUUUCAAUCAAUGGUAUGCUUGCUCCAUGCAGCUGUGCCUCAUUCUAAUAUCACAAGAAAUUCAAAAAACUCUGUUACCACAGUGAUAUUCCAGGAUUAUGGAGUGUCAGUGAGUCACUUCCAGUCUCCAUACUUAGUAGACAUUGAAAAAGAAAAAAUUGGCAGGAUCUUGAAACUUGACUCCAUCAAGGAUGGCAAAACAUGGAAGAAUAUUGAUGUUCUUGUUUUCUACUCUUGGGGAUGGUGGCACCGGACAGGACCUCAGCAGCCAUGGGAUUAUAUUCAAGAAAAGAAGACCAUAGUUAAGGACAUGAAUCGUAGGGUUGCUUUUCACAAAGGCUUAACAACAUGGGCAAAAUGGGUUGAUUCUGAUGUUGAUACAAAUAAAACUACUGUUUUUUUUCAAAGCAUUUCCCCUUCUCAUUACAAUGGCAGGGAUUGGAAUGAGCCGGGAGUGACAAAUUGUGCAAACCAGAGAGAACCAAUGAGUGGAUCAACUAACCCUGGUGGUUCACCAUUAGCAAUGCAAAUCGUGGAAGAUGUGCUAAGUACUAUCAAGAAACCAGUUCAUUUUCUCAAUAUAACAGCUCUCUCACAGCUAAGGAAAGACGCACAUCCUAGCUCUUAUAAUGGCGUUAGGCCAAUGGACUGUACUCAUUGGUGUGUUGCUGGCCUCCCAGAUACCUGGAAUGAACUUCUCUAUGCAACUCUUAUCAAUCAGAAAUGA